AUUGGCCUCGCUCACUUUCCCCUCAGCUUCUCCGCGGCGUCUUCCAGUGCCCCGCCCCUAGCGGAGGGACUCAAAGCGGUUGCUAAGAGACACUGUACGCCGAAUGGGGCCUCUGCGCAUGCGGAAGGAGGGGCCAGCUUGUACUUUCCGUGAACUACGGUGGCCUGGAGGGGGCCGGUGUUCGCUGGAAUGGCGGUGUGAUGGCAAGCUUCCUUGAAUGAGAUCUCUGACAGGUAACGGGGAUCGGCCGCUGAGCUCGGCGGCCGGGGAGUCGUGUUUGCGGCCGACUAAGAGGCUGGCCUAAGGAUUUAAGGUUGGGGAAGCGGCGGUUCCAGGAAGCGAAGAGAGGGGCGCCUUGUCCCACCGCUCCUCGGCGUUUUUCAGUCUGGAGCGCCGGGUCCUGGGCUCGUCUCUGCCCCUUACGCCCCGUUAACUACCAGGCAGAGCAUACCUCGCCGAGCGCGGAAGAGAGGACUGUCUUUGGAGCGGCGGUGACUCUUCAGGGGCUUUUCCCCAUGAGGAUAGCGACCUUCACGGAUUGCUGUGGAUGAAGGGGGAAAGAAAACAGAAAACGUACGAGAUGGACAUGUUUAUUAAGUGCAUUUAUUCAUUCAAGCAACCGUUCACUGGCCGGGCACUGUUCAUGCCGUCAGAGAAACAACAGUGACUAAGAGAUGCAUAUACUCGGGCCCUUGGAUCUUUCACUUUUAACAGGGGAGACAGAAAAACACAAAACUAACAUUCGGAUAUAUUAUAUAAAGGAAAUCCAGCAGGAUAAUGGCAUCGAGUGUGUCUGGGACGUGAUGGCUAUUUUAGACAGGUAGUCGGGAAAGCUUUUUGAGGAAGCAACGUUUCCGCAGCGAUCUGAAUGUGGAGGAUCCGGCCACGCCAAGAUCUGGGCGGGGGGGGGGAGAAAUUUGCAGGCAGGGAGAACCAAAGCGCAAAGCCUCUGACGCUGGAAUAACCUUUGCUGUUGAUAGGAACUGCAAGAAAGGCCAGCUGGUCCAGCAGAGUUUCACGGAAGAGACACGCCUUACAGAUUCGUCACAUUUCCAAGUUCCAUAGUUACCAUUUGGAAUUGUCAAACUUCCUAGAAAAUAUAUUUUGGCUAUCAAAAUGGAAGACUUCUUGGAAGUUCUAGAACAAUUAUACAAGAAGGUACUACGUGGAGCCGCACUUGAACAUGACACCCAGGGUUACGUCUGUUAUCUCAACCCCGCGUGGCCAGACCAAGAUGGCUCCCCAGCCAGCUCCUCUGCAUGCGCAGACAGCCCUGGCGUCCGGGGCGAGUGCCAGCAGUCCCCCGCCGCUUUGAGUCCCACCUCCACAGCCCCUGUGGGUUUGAAGAUCAGGGCCCAGGAAACAGCACUUCUUCAGCUAACUGUGGUCCAGGUGAUGGUGACCAGGAUACUGUCUGUCGAGACCGCGUUCCGUGCCAAACAGAGAUACAGAGAGAUCGUGAAAAUUCUCUUACAGUCCUCUGACUUUGAUUCUAAAUUAACCUGUAUGUUCCAAAGCUCCGAUAAACUGUUAUCUCACAUGGCUGCAAAGUGCCUUGCGUUACUUCUGUAUUUCCGAUUGAAAGAAAAGAUAACGUUAAGUAAUUCCUGGAUUACUUUUUGCCAAAGAAAUCUUUGUGAAUACUCUGAAAACGAGGAAGUAGUGUACUGCCUCUACACUCUUACUGCUGUGAUAAAAGAAAUCUUCAAAGACACACGUUCACAAAAAACAGAAAUUCUAAAGCAGUUCCUGACUCCUUUGGAUGCGACUUUUGAAGUCUUUUACAAUUCCUUAUUUUCUCAGCAUUUGGCAAACCUCCAAGACACUUCUAAAAUAGUGAACAGCUUGAUAUAUUUUCUGGAAUUGCUUGAACUUCUUAUAGCUUCCAGGAUCCACCUGGGGUUGCAUUUCCCCUGCCAGAGGAUUUUCUUUUUGAAACCUUCCUGUGUACUGCACGUUAUUACCUGGCUGAUUCAGGCCUUCGUCAAAAGGAAGUUCAUCAUUUUCAUUAAAAAGUGCCUUCUCCGGAAAGUGGGCGAAGACCUUUGUCGGGGACCUGUCGCUGCCUUCAUGCCACCAGAUGAGCAUUUAGAUGGGGACAUGCUGGCCCUAGCUGAUGCCGUUCUGCAAGCUGUGGGUUCGGGUUUACUGAAGACUUUGUCUGUCCAUGGGAAACCUUCCUGCUUUGGAGGCGGUGAAGUUCAGCCUGGCUGUGAGUGUCUCCCUGGUCCAGAUCACGUGAUCCUGAGAGCAGCCAGCUUGCUGCUCAUUAAAUCCUUAGACAUCAAGUUUCAAAACUGUGCUUCAGCAAAGGAGAUGAAAGUUGAUUUACAGAGGUUCAUGUCAGAGUUGCUGGCCUUCUUAAAGCCCCACCUUGAGCCCUCUGUGUGGUCACAGCAUCCGUGCGAGUGGCUGUCCCGGGUCUUCAUAGAACAAGACGAUGACAUGCUGGAGGCUGCCAAAGCCUCCAUGGGCAUCUUCCUAAAAUUGAGCAGAGAAUAUGAAGCUGCUGAAAGUUUGACCCAAGAAAAAGAACUGUGGCACCACCACACACACGAAAACGGCUAUAACCCACACUGUAUUUUUUUAUUCUUUUUAAAAAAUAUAGCAUUUGAUUCUACCGUUCUUCUGGACUUUUUGAUUUCAUCAGAAACCUGCUUUCUUGAAUAUUUUGUCAGAUAUUUAAAAUUACUGCUCCAAGACUGGGGUACAUUUCUCACCAUUUGCAAGGACUUUGAUGUAAUGGACUCUAACGAGAGCACGAAUAUUUGUGGUUGUAUCUCCUCACUUGGCCACGACCGAAGCAGCAACCAGACAGAAAUCAGCCUUUUGGCGGCUCUUGGCAGUCACAGGAAUGCUCCUGCCCGUGACUCCUGGGCUGCUGGUGCUGCUUCCGAACCACAGAACCUGGUUGUCAUAUCCCCGGAGACCCACGCCACACCCCCGGCUAGUCGCCUGUCCUCCCCGCAACCUUCUCAGAGCCUGGUAGAUUACGACAGCUCUGAUGAUUCUGAAGUAGAAUCCACAGACCUGUGUUCAGCAAAUAGUAAACAGACAUCUUUACACCAGGAAGCAGUGAAGAAAACUCAGGACAUGGUCGGAACAAGCGGGGAUGAAAAAGAACUUAAUCUGGAGCUUCCGUCAAGGCCUGUGUUUCCGAAAGAAUCUAAUACUCCUUCCUCUGUUGCCCAUGACACAGCCCCAGAUAACACUGUCCAUGAAGCAGGAAUAUCUUACAGAACAGUAAAAUGCUUCGAACAGCUACAAGGUGCCAUUUACCGUUUGCAGAAGAAAAAUCUUUUCCCGUAUAACCCAACAGCGCUUUUGAAGUUGUUGAAACAGAUUGAGGCAAAAUGUAAUAAAAGUAUGAACGCUUUGUAAACCAGUGGUAUUCCAUUUUCUGGAACUGUUUUGCCUUGGUGGGAUAAUAGUAAAAAAGAAAACCUGAAAAAAAGGGUUUUCUAAAGUAAGUCUUUCUUUUUGCUUAUCGGAAGCAGCUUAGUGACUUAAAAAUGAUCAGUCACUUGAUACAGUUUUGCACCACUUGAAAGGGUUCUUGUAUCUGUUUGCUAGGGCUGUAUAACAAAUUACUGCAAAUUGGAGACCUAAUAGAAAUUGAUGAUCUCAUAGUUCUGGAGGCGUCAACUCCAACGUCAAGGCAUGGCAUGACCAUGCUUUAUCUCAAGAUCCCAGGGAAGAAUCCUCCCUCACCUCUUCAAUAGCUGCCGGCAUUUGCUGGCAGUCCUGAGUGUCCCUUGACUGGUACCCGUGUCAGUCACAUCUCUUCCUCCAUUGUCCCUGUUGCUUGUUUUCCCUUGGUGUCUGUGUGUAUCCAGUGUCCCUCUUACAAGGUCGCCAAGCAUUGGAUCAGGGCCCACCGUCAUCCAGUGUGGCCUCAUCUUACCCAUUUCCAAAUGAGGCCACAUUUACAGGUUUGGGGUGGACAUGAAUUCGGGGGGACACUAACCCAGUACAGUCAUCAUUUCCUCCAGGCUGUGUUACGUAAAAAUUGUAAAUCUUAGCAAUUUUUUAAAAAGCGGUAAUUAGCUCUAUGUAUAUGUGUGUGGAUGGUCUAUGAACAGGGACUAGUCUUUU